CAUCCUCAAGCAGCAGCCUAUAACACGAAGACACAUUCAAAAACACGCGCGCUGCGCUUUUACGCACGACACCAGCGACCCCGUGGAGGAGAGCGGAGUGCCAUGAAGACCGUCUAUGUGUGAGCAUUUAGCUGUCAUCACUGCAAGAAGAUGAUCGUGCUGCCGGCUCUGUUGUUCAUUCUCUGGGGAGAAGAGGCUCGGUGCCUGGAGGAGAAUGGAGGCUUCACUUUUGAUGGAGACCUCCGCCACUUCGCUGUGGCCACCAACACGGUUUACAUCGCUACAGCGGAGACUCUGUACCAGCUGAGCCACGACCUGACUCUGGUCCAGAGUCUGACUCAGAGAGGAAUCCUGAAGGGCGGGUGUCAGAUGGAUGCGCAGUUUUCCCGGGUUUCUGAGACGGAUGAGCGGAACGCGACUUUCAGCGUCAACAUGUUAUUGCCUUUUGUUGAGACUGAAACUCUGAUCAGCUGCGGUGUGAUCGAGUGCGGUUACUGCGAGGUGCUGGACCUGAAGAACAUUUCAAAUGUGCAGUAUAUGGAGAACAUCCAGGUUGGAUCCCCAAGGCGGAGCAGCGCAUCCAUCGGCUUCCUGGUGAAUGUGGAGGAGACAACUACCGAGACUUACAUUCUGACUGCCAUACAGCAAUACGAAGUCAAAUCCACAAAGAGCAGCUGCUCCACGGAAUCAGAAGCGGUACAACUUCGUAAUACGAAUCACAAGCAAUACGGAACUAUAUUUUCCGAAAUUAGCGAGUUCUCUAUCGAUGUGAUCAAACGUUGUCCUCAAGGCAAUGCGGAGUUUGUGGAUGGAUUUCAGAUCAGUUUAACCAUUUAUCUUUUCUCUAACCUGCCCUCAAGUGACACAAGCAACAGAGUCCGUCUCAUUUUGGCUGCGAGGGCAAAACAGACAAAGCGCAGACUCUCAGGUCGCUGGGGGAGCGACCCUCAUGUGGACGGAGGGACCACCGACACAGAGCUGCUACUGUUUGACAUCAGCCCUCCUCUCACCGGAGACACUGAUGAAGAUCCAGACUUCUGCAGUGUCUGCAGCACUGACAGGAUAAGACUGCCGCCAAAGACUCUGAAGCCCAAGGCGGUGCUCUUCAGGCAGAAGUCCAUGACCUCUGUGCUGGCAGUGAGACACAAGGCCUGGAUGGUUUUCUUCAUUGGGACAGGAGAUGGGCAGCUCAUUAAGCUUGCUGUGGACAAGAACUAUCACACCACCUGUCCCAGGGUGCUCUACAGGGCCACUGACGACCACCAAGUGUUUCCCAAAAUGCAUCUGGAUCAAGUAGAUCUUAAACACGUGUACCUGCCAUUUAGAAACCAGAUGAAGCGUGUACCUGUGUCAAAGUGCAGCACAUCCACAAAUGUGCAGGACUGUUGGUCUGCACAGGAUCCGUACUGCGUCUGGUGCGGCACUAAAAAAAGUUGCACAUUUGAAGAUGACUGCCAAGAUUCAGACUGGUUAUCCAUUCCUGACGAUUCUCAACAGAAAAUGGUUUCCUACAAAGUUGUAAAGGACGACACAGGCCAGAUUACACUUAACAUCCAGACACAUCUGAGUGUGGGCCAGAAGGCGCUGUCUAACUUCGCCUGUAAAUUCUCUGCAAGUUCCAGUAAGCUUUGCAGAGACGGCCUUCCUCAACAAUUCCCACAAUGCACCUGCAUCCUUUCUAAUAGCACACUUCCUGCUGGAGGCCUGCAUGUCACAGUUAAGAUUAGAGUUGGGACGACACAAUUGUCUAAAGCACUGAAGCUGUCCAACUGCUCAGACAUCGAGGGACCGCCAACUUCUGUCCUGUAA